AUGGCCAUAGAGACCCUGGUGUUUUACGAUUAUCAAAAUCAGGGAGAUUUAGUGGAUAUGUGGAAGCGAGCUGCAGGUGAACAGGUGACCGCCGAUGAACCUCCUUUGGUGCUUGUCAGCCAACAUAUACCCUGGGUGUUAAAGGAUCAUUUGUCAUGGAAUUUUUUACCCCUGGUUUUUAUUCAAUCCCAGGGAAAGUUCUGGCAUACAGAAGUUUGGGAAAAUUCAAAAAAUCUCCAUGGCUUUCCCAUACGUUGCGUUUUGGGCAAUAAUCCGCCCCGAUCAUUAUUGUGGUGGUCCGGAAAUGAUACCAGCAGCCACCUCCACAUCAGUGGGUAUUAUGCCACAAUUCUGAAAAUCUUUGCCAAGCAGUACAAUGCCACACUGGACUGGAUCAUCAACUCCCACAAGGAAUACUACAAUGAACUGGACUGCCUGCACUAUUUAAGGACCAAUCGCACCGAUGUCUGUGCCGAUGCCAUGAUAAUGGGUCCCAAUUACAUUGUCACCCAGCCGGAGGAGAUAACCAACAGCUAUCUCAUUGUUCCGCAGGAUACAGCCAUGGAUCGUUUUUAUUAUUUCAUUAAACCCUUCCAGCCGGAGGUGUGGCUCUGGGGUGAAUUUACGAUGUGCUAUGUCAGCCUCAUGUUGUCUCUGAUAAAUCAUCUGCAGGGUGGGGUAUGGGAUUUCCCCCAGAAUUAUUUAAACUCCAUGAUGGCAGCAGCGAACCUACCCUUCCAGCUGACGAAGAUCCAAGGUUGGCGUCGAAGAUUUUUGGAAAUUUUCAUGUUCCUCUGUGGCUUUGUCCUGGCCAAUUGGUAUUUAUCCCUGCUCUCCAGUUUAUUGUCCAGUCGCCUCUAUGACCACUACAUCACCUCCCUCGAGGACCUGGUGGAACACAACAUCUCGAUUAUCAUCAGUGAAUAUGAAUAUAUUUUCCUCAAUAGCACCGAGAUCUCCCCCCUGCUCAGCCAACAGCUGAGGAUAGUGGACAAUGCAUUCCUUUCCGCAUCCCGUCGUAACCUCACAGCCCGCUAUGCCUAUUACAGUCAAUAUGAUAAAAAUUAUUUCUAUCUCAGGCAGCAGAUCUUUAUGGAAAAACCCCGGAUGAAGGAGCUCGUGGAAUAUCCAAUAAAUCCGGUUUAUGGUGGCAUUCCACUGCGUCCCAAUUGGCCUUUGGAGGGCAAGCUGAACACGCUGAUGGGUUAUAUGCUGGAAAGUGGGGUAUUUAUAAGGAUCCUAGAGGACACAUUUUAUGAUGCCAUACGUAUUGGACACUUGAAAUAUUUUCCCAUGGAUCGCGAUGCGGUGGAACCGCUAAGUUUGGAAUAUUUCCGAAUGCCAGCGGCUCAAAUGUACUUUACCGGCUGUCCGACCCGUUCGCUCGCUCGCUUGCCAAAUGACCGCUUAUGA